AUGAAUGAGCACGCAUUUGGCUUUGAUCAAGAUGAGUUGAAUAUAGACUCGGAACCCUUAAUACUCGGAAACCCGAGAAUUGUAAAUACAAUCGACGAUAUUGAGGCUUUUAUUAAGAUGGUGAAGGCUGAGGAGGAAGAAGAGCGAAAUGAUCUAAAUGAUUCAACAGAACCCUACACACGUACCUAUUCCGAAGAGUACCUUUCCACCUUGAUUGAAAAGAAUGAGAUAAGCAAUGAGCACAUCUAUUCAUCUUCGUCCUCCUCUUCGCCAGAAGAAGCCGAGGAAGAAAACGAUCUUUGCAAUUUUCAAGAGGACGUCAAGAUGAACUCUGAACAACAAGUUACAAUCAGCGUAAAUUCACAGGCACAACAGAAAGGCUUUGAUAGUUUUGAAGAAAUUCCUUCUCCCUCCAAUACCGAUUUAUCCUCAAAAUCUUCGAAAAGUAGCGCCAUAUCGGGUGCUAAUUCACAGGCAACCAAUUCAGCAAACAGUCAAUCCUUCCCACGAUAUACAUACCGUGGAAAUUUAAUGUUUGAUGCGUCCUUUGAAUGCGGAAAUUUAGAAAAAGUCGUUAGAGUACAUGAUUUUGAGUACGAGCUCUAUAUAAGGGGAGAUACCUUCAAUCCAAGCAAGAAGAUGUGGUUCUAUUUUAAAGUGUCCAACGUUUUGAAAAAUCAAAAAGUUCUCUUCACCAUUAUGAAUUUAAGCAAAAACAAGUCAUUGUAUAGAUACGGCAUGACGCCGAUUGUAAGUUCUAGCAGUAGAAAUAGAUGGGAAAGAAUUCCUGAAAAGCAAGUCUAUUAUUAUAGAAAGGAAAAAGGGUCCAAACGUAACAGCGUGUCGCAGCAAGGAAGCAAUCUCCUCUCAUUUGUGUUUGUUUUUGACAAUGAGCAAGACGAAUAUAAGUUUGCCUAUUGUUAUCCUUACUCGUAUACGGACUUGCAGAAAUUCUUGUUUUUCAUAGAAUGCAAGAAUUUUCCUUAUUUCAAGAGGAGUCUUCUAUGCCGUAGUGUGCAGCAGAGGAGAUGUGACUUGUUAACCAUUACAAACAUCAAACCAUCUUCGUCAUCCAAAAAGAGAAUUGUAAUGAUGACUAGCAGAGUUCAUCCAGGAGAGACCCCUGCCAGUUAUGUUUGUCAUGGAUUUAUCAGUUUCAUUGUGUCCAAUCAUCCAAUAGCACAAAUUUUAAGGGAUCACUUAGUAUUCAAAAUAGUUCCCAUGUUGAAUCCAGACGGUGUUGCCAUUGGUAAUUAUAGAACAUGCUCGAUGGGAUUUGAUCUUAAUAGGCAUUGGCUAAAUCCUCAAGAGUGGUCGCAACCAACAAUUUAUCAUGUUAGGAAAUAUUUGUUGGAAUUGAAAAACGAUCCUCAAUCUCAAAUUGACUUCUACAUGGACCUACACUCACAUUCAGGAGCAUUCAAUGGAUUCAUGUAUGUUAACUAUGCUAGUUCCUCGUCCAAGUCAGAUUCGUAUGAUCAAUUGAGAUUUCCCAAGCUAUUAGAUCAAAAAGCGAGAGAAUUCUCAAUGAACGACACCAAAAGAUGCAAAGACCCAUCCAAGCUUGGCACUUCAAGAAGAGUUUUGGGAGAAGUAUUGCAGGUUGCAAAAUAUUGCUAUACCUUAGAAGUAUCUUUUUUGAGCUAUAAAUCCAAUACUAGUGACAACUCGAGGGAAAGGUACAUUCCAUUCACAAUGGAGAAUUAUCAGUCCCUUGGAAAGAGUAUUGCAUUAGCUCUGGCCGAUUUUUAUGGGCUGAGUGAAAUUGUUAGAAUGACAGAACAAUAA